AGCUUUAAUCUUUAUCUUCGAGUUAUGACCAUUGUCGAUCCAAAGGGCGGUGAUGUUGAAUUGCAACGUGUUCAUCGUGUGCCUGAGGUUGAGGUCAAGGGAUUCGACGAGACCGUCAAAGGCGGUGACGUUGAUCCCCAGUGUCACCAUGGCAAAUGCACCGACAUCCGUGGGGUUUUCAGCAUAGUAUUAUCUGCAAUUGGUAUGGGUGUUGUUAUGCUUCCCACUGUAUUCGCCUCCUGUGGUUGGCUUGGUGGUGCCUUCGUCCUCACCCUCGGUGUCCUAUUUGCUGGUUUUGCGGUAUCCAAGUUGUAUAUGGGUAUUGCUCUCACGCCGAAGGGUCGUGGACAUGUAUACACAUAUGAGGACCUCGGUCGAGCUUGUUACGGCAAGUGGGGUCGUGCAUUGACUGCUGCUAUCGUCCAUGUGACUAUGUCGGGUAUUUGCGCAUCGUUGUUGGUUCUGUUGGGCGAGAAUACCACCAAGUUGAUACCAUCCGUUUCCCAACGUAUUUGGAUCAUUAUUUGGGCUGUAUUUUUCAUCCCUUUUACCUUCCUACGAACGAUGCAUGAAGUAUCAUAUGUCGCUGCUGUUGGUAUGGUUUCGAUCCUCACCUUAUUCACCGUAGUCAGCGCCAAUGGCCUUCUGGUUGGGAUAACCUCGAAAGAGCCGAUCGUGUAUGAUAUUUUCGUACCGGAUUUCAUUGAAAUCGCAACGAAUUUCGGUGUGUGUAUUCUCUCAUUUAACGUUACCAAUUCCGUUGCAACGUUGGUUCGAGAUAUGGCCAAGCCGACUCAUUUCGUCGCAGUUUCCAGAUGGGCCUAUGGUAUAAUAUUUACUGUGUAUUUUGGUAUUGGUGUGUGUGGUUACUUUGGAUAUGGUCGUUCCCUGAGAGAUCAUCCUAUUAUGGAUUCGAUCGUUCCUCCCAACGAGCCCGUGUCGGGGGCGUGGGCUUAUAUUACUCUCAUUGCAAUCGUUAUGUCCAGUGUGCCGCAUUAUGUGGUACUUUUGCUUCCGAUUGCCUCCUCUCUGGAGUACGUUCUUAACAUUGAUGUAGAUGACAACUCGCGUCGGGCGGGCAUAAAGAGGUUCCUUGCCCGUCUGGCAUGUAUUCUAUUCACCACUAUAAUAGCAGUCUCUGUUCCUAACAUAUCUAGUCUGCUGGACAUACUUGGUUCCUUUACGAUGGUCUUCAUGGUUGCUAUGAUGCCGUGUAUAUAUUACAUGAGAAUCCAACAAAUCGUUUUAGGUUCGUUGAGGGCCUAUGUUAAAGCUCACAAGGCAGAGACUGUGUUUAUUUUGGUCGUGUUAACGUGGUGUGUGCCGAUGAUUGCGGUGGGUUCGUAUGGUGCCAUCAAAAACUUUGGUUAGCAUAUCAUAUUGUUAUCGUGUCUUCUGUUUACUACUAUAACUGGCGGGCGCCAUAUACUACUGUUCCUGAUAACGUUAGUGUUCUAUGAUGAUUUUAAAUAGGUGAUGGCACUUCUCGAUGACCUUCGCUAGGAUUUCCAUCGGUUACAUCAUCAUCGAUGUUGUUGUCUAUAUGUUGUUUUAAUAGGAUGUUGUUACUUUUCAAGAG